ACUUCAACUCCUCCCAUUGAAGUUCUACUGCUUCUUCUUCUUCUUCUUUACCCGCGGGAUGGGUCAGUCUUCUUCUCCUAUUCGAAGGGAAUGAGAAAUUUGCAACGUUCUUUCAGGGCCUGGACUUGUCUUUCCUUGAUGAACUGCGAGGAUUUUGUAAAUCUUCUUUUGGGUCGUCUUUAUUUUCAUAUGCCUUGCGUAUAAAAAACGAAAUUCAUGCAAAAUUUCUGCAUAGGUUCUUGUUUCUCUCUCCCUCUGCGAAAUCUUCAAUUAACGAUAAAUUUUGGGAACUGGGGUUGUUUAUUCUUUACUUAAUUUCAGUGUUAUUAGAUUUAUGAAACAUCUUCACUUACUGCUGAGGUGGGGCCAUUAGGUGUUUGGAGAGACCAGUCUUUGGAACAACAUGGCCACUGAAUUGACUGCUAAAAUUCGAUUGGUUAAGUGUCCUAGAUGUCGUCGGCUUCUUCCAGAGUUGCCUGAUAUUCCUGUUUACAAAUGUGGUGGCUGUGAUGCAAUUCUCGUAGCAACAAGUCGAAGAGACAGUUCCCACAAUACAGAAUUGGGUUCACAAAACAGAGGUUCUACCCAGAGGCGUGAAGUUGAUCCCCCUUCUGAAGAUACGCAGACGGGCAUUUCAAACCAUGAAGCAAUUAUUCCACAUCAUGGCGAGUCUAAUUUGGGCUUAAACAAUGGGAGAGAUACAAAUGAAUCUGGAGAAUUGAGCAGCGAGAAUCUUGUUCAUUCGACUUUGAGCGUGCAGCAAAGGAACACUAGAAAUGAUGAUGAAUCUCAUCAUGAGAAUGGCGAACUCUCUGAUGGAGAUCUCUUAAAAGCAGAGGAAGCUAGCAUUUCUUCAUCAAGUCAUGAAGCUAUUAUUCCGUCCUCUGGUGAGUGUGUUAUCGAUCCAGAUGCUGAGGAGGACCAAGAUGAAUUUGGAGGUAGUAGCAGUGAGCAACUUGUUCGUAGGAAGUUGGUUGAACGGCAAACCUAUGCCAGAAACGACAAUAAAUCUGAUGCUGGUAAUGACAGGCCAUCAGGAUUUUCAAAUCAAGUUGGUUCUGAAGAAGAGUCUGCUAAUCGUGAUAAUGGCAAGCUCCCAUGCAGAGAUGCUCCAGAACAAGAGGAAUAUUGCAUUUCAAGUCCUGAAGCAACUAUCCCAUCCUCUGGUGAGUGUUUUAUAGACCCAAAUGAUGUGAAGGGCCUGAAGGAAUGUAGCGACGUUAGUCAGCAGCAGCUUGCUCAUGUAAAGACAAGUGAAUGCCUAAAGAAUGCUGGAAGCAAUGAUGAAUCCCUUGCAUGUCACGACAAUCAACCGAGGUGCUCAAAUCAAUCCUAUUCUAGAAUUGAAUUUGCUUCUCAUGGGAAUGCUGAUCUCUCAGGACGAGAUCCUACAAAAGCAGUGGAAACUAGCACUUCAAUUCAUGAAGUAAUGACAAUCCCAUUCUCUGGCGAGUCUAAUUUGGAUCCAAAUUAUGAGAAAGAUCAAAAGGAAGAAGAAGAAAGCCACAGCGAGCAACUUGUUCAGACAUCUUUUGGUGAACACAAAAAGAAUGCCAGUAAUAUUGAUGGAUCUCCUGCUCGCCAUGACGAGCAAUCUGGAUCUUCAGAUCAAGUAUCUUCUUCGAAUGAGGUUGCUAAUCGUGAGAAUGACAGGCACUCAAGUGGAGACUGUUCGGAAGAUGAGAUAAUUGAUGAAAUCUUACUGUUGGGAGAAGAAAGUCCAGAAGCUGAUGAUAGUAAGGAGAUUCAUUCUAAUUUAGAAAGAUCAGGUAUUUCAAACGCAUUAGCUACACAAGUGGGAACAAGCAUUUCAUCUAAGAAUCUUGCUCCUCUUGCUGAACAAGCAGAGGCACCUGAGGAAACUAUUAGCCAUGGUUCCAAUCGCCGAAUUCCUGUAGAAAAUUUUGCAUGUAUGGAAGUGAAUCAGUGCUCUGAACCAAGUGGUGACCUUCCUGGUAUGGCCAAAUUUUUAACAACCAAACGUUCUUUUGCAUGUGAUGCAAGUGUACCUUCAUAUGAUGGAAUGGAUGAUCAGUUCUUAGACCAUCGUAGACGUUCAUUACAGAACAAUCAUGAAGCUGCCAACUUUCUUACCACUGUCGAACGUACAAGAAGGGAAGAGUCCUUGAUGAACAGCAACGCAAUGGCGAGAGAUCCUGAAAUUCCAAUUGAAGGAAGGAAUUCCCAGGAAAUUUUGUCUCAUAAGAAGCAUUAUGGCGUAGAAUACCGUGAAAGGAAUCAAAAUGAUAUACUGCAACAUAGAAGACAGGAUAUUUCAAUGCAAAGUAGAAGCAGAUUAAGGAGAGAGAAAUACCAAAGUAAGUUGUCGUUACUUGGAGGCAACUGCCAAGGUGGCUAUGAAAGUGGCAGCGCUUCUAGUUCUGCGUUUGAUGAGCCCCAUGAUUCAAGAAUGCAUUCAUCAGACAAUUUUCUGGACCAUGAUGAGGACAAGGUUAAAUUGUUGAGAAUGGUUUAUGAACUGCAGGAUCAGCUAGAGAAAAGCUGCAAUUUAAACGGGAAUGCGAGUGAAAGGGUAUCCAUGGGUUCUGUGCAGAAGGAUGGAUGGGUGCCAAUGUACUACAAUCAUCAGAUUCCUCAGGAGGAAAUCUGGCAUGACUCAGAAUAUCCUUCUUACUACCGAAGAAGCGGGCCUCAAACUAAUUAUCCCGGACAGCAUUCUUUGUCACGGAUGACUUCUGCUGUAAAGGCUGUUAGUGGUCCUCAAGUUAAUUAUCCUGGACAACAUUCGUUCGGCAUGGAACACUUCCCUGAAAACUUCCCUCACUCAAGGCAGAUGCUUCCAUCUGAACACUGGCAUAAUCAAGGGGCCCAUAUGCCGCAUAUUGAUCACGACUAUUAUAGUCAAUACAGCUCAUGUUCAUCUAGUCCCCAACAUUUUCGAAGCACGCAGUUAUCUACAAGGGGCAUUCAUAUGCAAUCUGAUUAUUUGAGCCAUCGAAAUCAUGGGAGGAAUUAUUUGAGAGAGAAAAAUCAUUUGGCCAAGCAUCAUCUACGGCCGAUGGCUGGAGGUGCCCCUUUCAUAACUUGUUACUACUGCUUAAAGCUACUGCAGAUUCCUGCUGAAUUUCUCUUGGUGAAAAGGCAAUGCAACCGGCUCAAGUGUGGUAAUUGCUCAAAAGUUCUUGAGUUCUCCCUUCAGAGCAGAACUCAUAUUGUUCCAUAUGUUCAGAGUGUUGCAGAACCUCCAUCACACGAGGCCAAUGAACACGAUGAUUAUUCUCUCGCUAACGGCAAACGUGGCUCAAGAGAAAUAGACGAUUCCAAUGUCUUACCGCCUUCGUCCCAACAAGACACAAAGAAAGAACUUGGUUCAAAGCAGUCUCAAAACAAAUUUGAGCAUAUAAAGAAAAGUUACCAAUCUGGUGAUCCGUCCUCCCAUGCCUACAUGGCUGAUAAGUUGUCCUCUGAAGUUGGAAAAUUCUCGACCAAGUCAAAUUCCCCGCUUCAUCGACUCAUGGGCUAUUCUUCUCCAAGCCAAGUCUUUAAAGGGUUGGAUGCAUCAAGAAGAAGCAUGCAGAGGAAAUACUAAGGUAGUGUUUGGUUGGCAGAAUGAAACAGAGAGAAUUUAUCAAAGUAAGAAAGGAAUGGAAUGGAAACGAUUAGUUCUUCUGGAAUCCGACAUUAGAGUUGAUGAUUAUGAUUUUAGAUCACUGAAUAACUGAUGAAGCUGUAACAUUUGGGAUGUGCUAAUAGUGCGAUGCAUUACGAGCUCAACCACGUUCUCAGCGAUCUUCCACGUAAAAUAGCGAUGCCUUUUGAGCUCGACCAUGUUCUCAGCGAUCUUCCACAUAUAAAUAAUGUAUUUAGAGAUUCAUUGUAAUAUAGGCAGCUACCUUUUGCUUCUAUGAUUUGUAUUUAACACAGGUUACAGAAGAGGUGUUUGAUAUGUUGUUCUAUAAUAAUAGAGACAGGAGUCUGUUACAUAAAGGUUAUGUAUAUUACAUUCUUAUGUAGAACGGAAAGACAAUAGCAUUUGAGUGAUUUAUUA